AUGUUUGCAUUCCUGCUUCUCCUGAAGUUCUGGACCAGGAAAAGCGCACUGGAAAGACUUGGGAUCCCCACAGUUGGGGGCAGCAGACAACAUACAAAGGACUUCGAGCGCUUGGUGGAAGAGGGGUACUACAAAGUACGUUUGUCCCGUGUUGGUCAAUUCUUUCCAAUCUCGUCGCAUCAUUCUGACCGAGUAUUGUCGACUGAACAACAGUAUCCACACUCGCCUUAUGCGAUCAAAACUCAAGGGUUGGAAUACGUUGUUUUCCCACCGGAGGCAUUCGAUGAAAUCAAGAAGCUCCCACCGCAUAUUGCAUCGGCACAAGACUUUUUCGUCAAAACCUACUUUGGGCACUACACCACGGCGGGGACCGAGACUCCCGCGUUGCUGAAGGCCAUCAGCGUGGACCUAGCACGAAGCAUGCCCCUGACGGUAGCGAGUCGGCAAGAGGACGCGAAAGCCGCGGCAGACGACGUCCUAGGAUUCUGCCCGGAAUGGAAAGAAGUCUCGCUCUUUCCCGCCGUGACAAGAAUGAUCGCGAUGACCAACGCCUGUAGCCUCGUGGGUAGGUCCCUCGCCCGGAGCGAGGGGUGGAUUGGACUAGUUAGUCGGUUCCCCUUCGAGGUAAUGGCUGGUACCUUUGCCAUCAGUGUGUUUCCGCGCUUUCUUCAACCCGUCCUGGCGCCCCUCAUCUUCCUCCCCGCUCUGGUCACCAAAUGGCGCAUGAAAUGGUCACUGCGCGGAGUGGUCCAACGAGACAUGCAGGAGUACCAGUCCACGUCCGACAAGAAGAUGCUGCUGACGCUGAAGGAGGACGGCAAAGUCCCCUUCACCGCCGCGCUCAUGACGCGGUACAAACCGAGCGAGGCCACAUUGUCUCAAUUGCUGCAUGACUACGUGACCGUCUCGUUCGAGUCCACCCCUUCGAGCACAGCGGCCUUGUACCUGAUUCUGAUGGAACUGGCCACCCGGCCACAGCUGGUCGAGGUCCUGCGACAGGAACUAAACGAGGUCAUGGUGGAUGGGAUGCUGCCAAGAACGCAUCUGGCCGAACUCCGGAAGAUGGACAGCGUGAUGAGAGAAUCGGCCCGAGCAAAUCCAUUCAGUCUCUUGGCCCUGUACCGUUUGCUCCGAGUUCCCACCAAGCUAUCAACGGGGCCAACCCUUCCUGCCGGAACUCUGAUCUGUGUGGAUGUGCACCACAUCCACACUUCGGAGGACCGUUGGACCAAGCCCCAGGACUUCGACGGUCUGCGGUUCCAUGAGAUACGAAAGACCCCAGGGAAGGAGAACACGUAUCAGUUUGUCAGCACAGGUGCCGACUCGCCCGGUUGGGGGGACGGGGCCAUGGCCUGUCCAGGGCGCAUGUUCGCCAACAGCACCCUCAAGAUUGCAUUGGCUCAUUUGAUCAUGCACUAUGACUUCCGAUUUGCCGAUGGCGAGGGGAAGCCAAUCAAAACCUCGCUUCCGAAUGGCUCUUGGAACCCCGGCUUGAAGGUUCGGGUUUUGUUCAAAAGUAGAAAGUGGGACGCGUGA